UUUAUUGCUCACAUUAUGAAUGAGUAUGAGGAAAUAUUUUUAUGCAAGACACCUCAAAAGACAUCAAUGUUAAGUGGUGCACAAUUUGUAAGAGAUAUGAUAGAAGGUCAUCCUCAGACAUGCUAUGAACUAUUUCGGAUGGAUAAAGAAACAUUUAUGAACCUUUGUGAUCAUCUUAAGAGACAUGAAAACUUACAAGAUACACGAUUUGUCACAGUUGAAGAGGCAGUGGCUAUGUUCUUACUAAUCGUAGGACAUAAUGUGAGAAUGAGGGUUGUAGCAGACCGUUUUCAACACUCCACAGAGACUGUCGCUCGACACUUUAAAGAAGUUAGACGUGCAUUAUGUCGACUUGGAAAAAUUCUCAUAUGUCCUAACAAUAUGACCAAUGAGGUGUCUUCAUAUGUUGCUAGUAAUCCUAAAUAUUUUCCAUGGUUUAAGGACUGUAUUGGUGCAAUUGAUGGCACUCAUAUUAGUGCAUGGGUCCCAGCUGAUAGACAAACCAGUUUUAGAGGUAGAAAAACAGUUAUAACACAAAAUGUUAUGUGUGCAUGUAAUUUUGACAUGAUGUUUACAUUUGUUUAUGCUGGUUGGGAAGGAACAGCAAACGAUGCACGUGUCUUUUUAGAUGCAUUGACUAGACCAGAAGUCAAUUUUCCUUGGCCAAGUGAAGGAAAAUAUUAUGUAGUUGAUUCUGGUUAUCCUUGUGUAUCUGGAUUUUUGCCACCAUAUCGAGGUGAGCGAUAUCAUUUACAAGAAUAUCGGGGUAGACGUAAUCAACCUAUCAGGCCCGAUUUCCAAUAUUAAGGAUGAUGCCUUGUUAUAAGCCAAGUAGGCAACCAUUAAUUGUUGUUGCAUGUUGUACCCUUCAUAAUUGGAUUCGUCUAUCAACUCGGAAUGAUCAAUUGUUUAGAGAAUAUGAGGUAGAAGACCUUUCAAUCGAAGGUGAAGAAGAGAGCACAAGUAGCAGAAACCAUUCAAUUGAUUUAUCAGAUGAGAGUGCAGCAGCUAUGGCAGC